GAUCGCUCCAGUGUGGCGCACAGUUCGGUCAGGAGGACGGAGAGCAUGGCGUUGUUAGUUCAGAGACAUGCGGCGGAAGGAGAGCACACCCUCAACAGUAGGAGACCAACUUAAAGAUUUGCCGCUGACAUUAGCGGACGUGUAGUCCAACCGAAACAGCCUCGCGCGUAACCCGCGCAGCCCCUUGAGCGCAUUUCAUGGAGAUCUAUAGAUGACAAGACCUGCACGCUGCGGGUUGCUCUCGGCAUCUACAGGGAUCUCUAAUGUGGAACAUGGCGAGAGGGAUGAGAGGAGCUCAUCUCCUUGCUGUAGUUUUUACUUUUUUAUUAACACUUUUCAGGGACGCAGAUGGACAAGGAACUUUUAAUGACUUUACAGGUUUUAGUUUGAGUCCUCCGUAUUUCAACCUCGCUGAAGGGGCUACUAUCUCUGCCACAGCAACCUGCGGCCAGGAUGAAGCUGGGACACCGACAUAUGAAUUAUAUUGUAAACUUGUUGGAGGACCGACCACCGGACUUCCUACUCAAAAUAUACAGGGUCAGUUUUGUGACUACUGCAACUCCAUUGACCCAAACAAAGCCCACCCGGUGACCAACGCCAUCGACGGGACAGAGCGGUGGUGGCAGAGCCCUCCUCUCUCCAGGGGACUGGGCUACAAUGAGGUGGAUGUUACCCUGGACCUUGGGCAGCUCUUCCAUGUGGCGUACGUCCUCAUCAAGUUUGCUAAUUCACCUCGGCCUGACCUCUGGGUGCUGGAGCGCUCUGUAGACAACGGGAGAACCUUCACCCCAUGGCAGUAUUUUGCACAUUCAAAGCGUGAGUGUAUUGAAAAGUUCGGAAAGCAGCCCAAUGCUCGCAUAUUACAUGAUGAUGACCAGCUCUGCACCACAGACUACUCAAAAAUCGUCCCUUUGGAGAAUGGAGAGAUUGUGGUGUCUCUGGUUAAUGGUCGGCCGGGGUCCAGAAACUUCACCUACUCGCCAGUGCUACGAGACUUCACAAAGGCCACCAACAUCCGCCUUCGCUUCCUCCGCACCAGCACCCUGCUGGGCCACCUGAUUUCCAAGGCCCAGAGGGAUCCCACCGUCACACGCAGGUAUUAUUAUAGUAUCAAAGACAUCAGCAUUGGCGGACGCUGCGUUUGUCAUGGGCAUGCACAGGCGUGUGGUGGGGGGCCUAACCAGGACAACCCAAGCAGACGCCAGUGUGAGUGCCAACACAACACCUGCGGUGAGUCAUGUGACCGCUGCUGCCCAGGCUUCAACCAGAAGCCAUGGCGUGCCGCAACUGUUGACAGCCCCAACGAGUGUCAACGCUGUCAGUGUUUCUCCCAUGCCUUCGACUGUUAUUACGACCCAGAGGUGGAAAAGAGGAGAGCAAGUUUAGACACCUUCGGCAGGUACGACGGAGGAGGAGUGUGCAUCAACUGCCAGCACAACACUGAUGGAGUGAACUGUGAGCAAUGCCUUGAGGGUUUCUACAGACCUUAUGGAGUACCUCCGGAGUCCCCUUCUGGAUGCAUACCCUGCAGGUGUGAUGAAAGGACGACAGCCGGCUGUGAGAUGGGGUCUGGAAGAUGUAUCUGCAAGCCACAAUUUGCUGGAGAAAACUGUGAUCGCUGUGCUGACGGAUACUAUUAUUACCCUCAGUGCAUUCGAUAUCCCGUAUACGAGCCGACCACCAAAUCACCUGCAGGACCUAUUGUGGGGCCCACUGCCUGCCCUCCGGGUUAUUUCGGCUCACCCAGCUGUCAGCCGUGCAGAUGCGACUACAGAGGGACAGCAUAUGGGGUGUGCGACGCUUUCGGCCGCUGCCUGUGUCGUCAGGGUGUGGAGGGGGCGGGAUGUGACCGCUGUCGACCUGGAUACCACUCCUUCCCAAACUGCGAGGCUUGUGUCUGUGAUGGGGCUGGUGUGGCUGACAGUGUGUGCAGUCCAACUGGCCAGUGCAUUUGCUUUCCCAACUAUGCAGGGCAAGAGUGUGACGAAUGUGCACCAGGCUACUAUGGAUACCCAGACUGUGCUGCCUGCCAGUGUUCACCGGACGGCUCAUAUGGCAGCAUAUGCAACACACUUUCGGGUCAGUGCCUGUGUCUCCCAGGGGUGGUGGGCCAACAGUGUGACCGCUGUGCCUCUGGACUCAGGUUCCCCCAGUGCUCAGCCCCGAUCAGUGUGUGUAACCCCGUAGGAACCGAGGUAGCCGAUCCUCAAACGGGCUCCUGCCGCUGCCGAGCAAACGUGGAGGGAACCCUGUGUGACAGGUGUAAACCUCUCUACUGGAGUCUGGCUACGGACAACCCUCGUGGCUGUAUAGAGUGUCAGUGUGAUUUGAAAGGGACCUUGAGUGGUGUUGGAGAGUGUGAACAGAAAAACGGACAGUGUCACUGUAAGCCUUUUGCAUGCGGACUUGCGUGUGAAACCUGCAAGGACGGAUACUACCUGCUGCAGAAAAAGAAGUAUUUUGGCUGUCAAGGUUGUCAGUGUGAUGUAGGUGGUGCCAUUGGCAUGGCGUGCGAUGAGAUGUCGGGACAGUGUUGGUGUCGGAAGAAUGUAGUUGGCCGUGAAUGCACAGAGCCUGCACCAAACCACUAUUUCCCCACCCUCCACCAACUGAAGUUUGAGGUUGAGGAUGGCACCACGCCGAAUGCCAGACCAGUGCGCUUUGGUUAUGACCCCCAAGAGUUCCCAGAUUUUAGCUGGAGAGGUUAUGCUGUAAUGUCUCCUGCACAGCCGGAGGUGAUCCUUACACUUACGCUUGGCUUUCCUGGCCCUUUCCAUAUUGUAAUGCGCUACUCCACCCCUAAAAGAAAGGGGAGAGCACGAGUGAGAGCGAGGAUCUUGGUGGUGGACGAAGCUGGCUCUCAGUCUUGCUGUGACUGGUCAGAUCAGAGUAAGGAAGUAAUAUUCCCCAGGAGUCCCUCCCCAUCCUUUCUCACUGUCCCGGGAGAGGGCUUCGCUGAGCCCUUUGCGCUGACCCCUGGGAAAUGGAUCAUUCACAUAAAGGCAGAAGGGGUUCUGCUGGACUAUUUAGUGCUGCUGCCGCAGGAUUACUAUGAGGCACCUCUGCUGCAGGAGAAGAUCACAGAGCCCUGCACAUACUUACCCACUGCACGCAGGGAUACAAACUGUUUGCUGUACAAGCAUGUGGCCAUGGACGGCUUCAGCUCUGCUCUGGGCUCACAAGGAGUACUCUCCAGCCGCAAGGGGCGCAAGAGGAGGCAGGCUCGUGUGCAUCGUCCCACCCCAGAUCACCCCGAGAUGGCUGCUCUCAAUGGCAGACAGUCGCAGCUCCAACUCCGUCUACGUGUGCCCCGUCCCGGCCCGUACGCCCUCAUCCUGGAGUACGCCAGCGAGGUGGACGCUGUCCAGAAUGUCAACAUACUCAUCAGUGGCCAAACAGAUUUCGAGAUUCCAGCCAGGGCCAACAUUUACAGUUGUGCCUACAGCUUUUUGUGCCGGAGUGUGGCCGUUGACAGCAGCAACCAGGUGACAUUUUUGCAGCUAGAUCACAAGACGGAGAUUCUUCUGCAAACUUCCACAACAUCAUUCCUGCUGUAUAAAGUGUAUGCAGUUCCUGCAGAAGAGUUCUCCAUUGACUAUGUAGAACCCAAGGUGCUGUGUGUCUCCACUCAUGGCCGCUUCACUGAGGACACUCGACACUGCGUUCCGAGGCAAUUCGACAAGCCAACCUCAGCCUGGAUUUUGUAUGCUGCCCGUGAUGGACAGCUCUCUGCAGCACCGGCUGUCUCUCCCCAGCGAGAGGAGAACGAGGAUUGGAGACGGAGGCGACAGACCGGCGUGUUCCCUAUCCGUGAACCUCAGAGUGAUGGGGUUCUGCUUAAAUACCCUCAGACGGAGAUCACUUUCACUCCGAAGGUGCCCCUCCCAGGCACAUAUGUGGUUGUGGUCCAUUAUCACCAGCCUGAACAUACUUCCUUCCCCGUAGAGGUCCGAGUGGAUGCAGGGCGUGAGUGGAAGGGUUCAGUAAAUGCAUCCUACUGCCCUGCGGUCUCAGGCUGCAGGGGGGUUGUGAUCGCUGAUGGGCGCAUCACCCUUGACUUUGAGGAGAAUACUUGGCAGCCGCCCACCAUCUCUGUGAUCGUGCCACCUAAGAAGACACUUAUUCUGGAUUAUAUCAUGUUGGUUCCUGAUAGCAGCUACACUCCAGAUCUCCUGAAAGAAAAGCCGCAGGAUAAAUCUACAGAUUUCAUACAGCAGUGUAGAGGAGAGAGUUUCUACAUUGACCCGAGAAAUUCUCCCCAGUUCUGCAGAGACUCUGCCCGCUCUCUUGUAGCAGCGUAUAAUAACGGAGCUCUGCCUUGUGACUGUGACAAGUCCGGCUCCACGGGGAGCACCUGUGAUCCAGUUGGAGGACAGUGUCCCUGCAGGCAGCAUGUCAUCGGUCGACAGUGCACAAAGUGUGCCACGGGAUAUUACAGCUUCCCCUACUGCAGACCGUGUGAGUGUGGCCGUCGACUGUGUGACGAGGUGACAGGAAGCUGUAUCUGCCCACCUCAGACAGUCAAACCAGCCUGCGAUGUGUGUCAGAAUCAGACUUUCAGCUAUCACCCGUUACUGGGCUGCGAGGGCUGUGACUGCUCUCCUAAUGGCAUCAGAGCCAACGCAGGGCCUGACUGUGACCGCGUCACCGGACAGUGCAGCUGCAAGCCAAGGAUUGGAGGCCGGCAGUGUGAUCGCUGUGCCGCAGGGUAUUAUGGCUUCCCUCAGUGUUUACCUUGUAGCUGUAAGAAAGGUGGCGUCACACCCGACAUCUGCCACCCAGAAACUGGAAGGUGUCUCUGCAAGAGAAAUGUUGCUGGCAUCAAGUGCGAUACCUGUCGGGAAGGUUCCUUCUAUUUUGACCCCUCGAAUCCUCGCGGCUGUACCAGCUGCUUCUGCUUCGGAGCGACUGACCGGUGUCAGAGCUCCAGCAAGCGCAGGGGGAAGUUUGUUGAGAUGCGGGUCUGGCGUUUGGAAAGCCCUGACCAGGAGGAGGUUACCUCUGUGCUGAACACAGCCAGUAACACAGUGGUGGCAGACAUCCAGGAGCUUCCUCCCACGAUUCAAACUCUACACUGGGUGGCACCAUCGGCCUACCUGGGAGACAGGGUUUCAUCAUAUGGUGGUUUCCUCACCUACCAGUCCAAAUCCUUUGGGAUUCCCAGUGAGGGGAUGACACUCAUGGAGAGAAGACCUGAUGUUGUGCUGACUGGUCAUAAUAUGACCCUGGUCCACAUGGCUCCACAAGCACCACUUCCAGACAAGCUGUAUCAGGGCAGAGUCCAACUCUUGGAGGGAAACUUUCGCCACGCUAUCACCAACAGGCCUGUCUCCAGAGAGGAACUGAUGAUGGUCCUCGCUGGUCUGGUUGGCCUGAGGAUCCGAGCUUUGUACUUUACUCAGACUCAGCGUCUCAGCUUAGGAGAGGUGGGCCUGGAGGGGACAACUGACAUGGGGACCGGUGGUCCUGGAAACACAGUGGAAGACUGUUCCUGCCCCCCUGAGUACACUGGAGACUCCUGUGAGAAAUGUGCCCCUGGUUUCUACAGAGAUGACAGUGGAUCCUUCCUGGGCCGCUGUGUGCCCUGUGACUGUAACGGUCUGGCUGAUGAGUGUGAGGACAAAACAGGGAGAUGCCUGAACUGCAAGUACAACACAGCAGGGGACCGAUGUGAACGCUGCAAAGAAGGUUACUAUGGAAACGCAGCUCAGAGAACAUGCAGAGUUUGCCCGUGCCCAUUCAGCUUUGCUGGAAACAGUUUUGCAAUCGGUUGCAAGGAGUUCUUUGGAGACAUCAAGUGUGUAUGCAGAACAGGCUACACUGGAGACAAGUGUGAGAGAUGUGCUCCUGGUUACUAUGGCGAUCCACUGACGCCAGGAGGAAGUUGUCGGCCCUGUAAAUGCAAUGGCAAUAGCAACAACUGUGACCCCAAGACUGGAGUUUGCAAGAACACCCUUGAGCCGGGAGACACAAACACAGAUGAGCACUGCCAAGACUGUGAUAAUUGUGCCCAGACUUUACUAAAUGAUCUUGAGAAGCUGGACGAAGAGCUGGGAAGGAUCAAGACUCAACUGGACAACGCUACUGCCAGUGCCUCCUCUCAGGACAGGCUGAAGAAGCUGGAGAAGGCUGUGGCUGACACCAAGAUACUUGUAAACAAAUUCAGCUCUGCCGUCAACACCCAAAAGUCCAGAGUCAACCAGCUGGAUAACGACAUGGACAAUCUCUCAGAUGACAUCCAGGCUCUCAAAGACAAGGCAGAUGAGAGGGCUUCUGAUGCUGAGAAGGCAGUGAUGGAAGUUGGGAAAACCCACAAGAGGGCUGAAGUUCUGGACUCAGAGAUUGAAAACAUGCUCAAAAAAAUCCAAGCUCUGCUGGACCAACUGAAGGAUGCAGGUGCCAGUGGUGAGACGGUGCCAAAUGAAAACCUGGCGAACAUGCUAGAGGAUGCUAAGCGCAUGGUGAAGGAGAUGCAGGAUAGGAACUUCACCCCUCAGAAGACAGCUGCUGAGAAAGAAAGAGAUGAGGCCAAAAAACUGCUGGACUACAUCCAGGCCAAUGUGAGUAAGCAGACUGAGCAGAACGAGAAAGCAGCAGAGAAGCUUCGGGGCCUUCUGAAGGGUUACGAGGCAAAGCUGAAGGAUCUGGACAAGGCCCUGAAGGAGGCAGUGGACUUGGUGAAAAAAGCCAACGCCCAGAACGGGCUUAAUGCUCAGGCAAUGGGAGAUCUGCAGAAACGUAUCAAAGACUUACAAAAGGAGAAGGCGACUGUUACGGACCAAAUGGACAUGGCGGAACAAGAGCUGCAGAAAACAGAGGACAUGGUGAAAAAGCUAUCUGACAGCAAAAAGGAAUAUGAACAGCUGGCAGCACAGAUGGAUGGUGCCAAGACUGACUUGAUCAAGAAGGUGAAUGAGAUUGCCAAGGCUGCAGCCAAGGAGGACCUUGUGAGAUCUGCAGAAGAUCAUGCUAAAAACCUCGACAAGCUGGCAAAGGAUCUUGAAAAUACUGUGAAGGAAGCAAGUGGACGUCCUGAGGUGCGUAACGCCAAAGACGCUAUUGACGCCUACAAGAACAUCACAGAUGCAAUAAAUGCUGCCGAGGCUGCUGCCAAUGAGGCCAAAGAUGCUGCCGACAAAGCCUUGAAUAACGUGAAUAACCAGAAGCUCACAGAGAGAGCAAGAGAGCUAUUAGGGGAGAGUGAUGACCAGCUGAAGAAUGCAAAUGAUGCAAAAGCAGACCUUCAAGAUACUAAAAAUGACAUUGCUGACGUGAAGAAGCGCCUACAAGAUGCUGACCAGAAAAAGAAAGCUCUUCAAAAAGACCUGCUUGAUACACAGAACCAGUUAAAAGGCAUCAAUCGAGAUGACAUCGCUAAUAUGAUUAAUGAAGCCAAGAAUAAGGCAACUGCAGCCAAUGACACAGUCAGCAAUACUAUGGACAAACUGAACGCCAUCAAAGAUGAAAUGAAAAAGAUCAAUGUCAGUCCCGUAGACCCCAACCUGGGCAAUGUAUUGGAUGAUGUGGACAAGUCAGUGAAGGACCUGCUGAAUACCAUCCCAUCUCUGAAUGAUAAGAUCUCAGAGGUGGAGAAUCUGACCUCCCAGUUCGCACCCAUUAGCAACAUAUCUGAGAAUAUUAAGAAGAUCAAAGACCUCAUUGAACAAGCCCGGGACGCAGCUAACAGGAUUGUGAUCCCGAUGAAGUUCACAGGUGAAGGCCACGUGGAAAUGCGUACGCCAAAGAAUCUGGAUGAUCUGAAGGCCUACACGUCUCUGUCUCUGAAGCUGCAGAGACCUCCUGGCAGGGGUGAUGGACGUCGCAGACGCAGACAGGCAGCAGGCGAAGGAAACAUGUUUGUCUUGUACCUUGGCAAUAGAGAUCCUUCAAAGAAUUACAUCGGUAUGUUUCUGAGGGACGGCGUGCUUUACGGUGUGUACAAGCUCAACGGAGUCCAGAAUGAGAUGAAAACGGGUCCCAUCACCAUGUCUGGAUCCGAGCCGGCCAAGUUUGAUAGAGUGGACCUACGCAGGAUUUACCAAGAUGCAGUUAUGACCCUCACCAAAGAUGUCACCUCGACCACCCCCGGUCAGCAAUACAAGGCCAGUGCCCAAGGCAAUGCGAACAAGAACCUCCUGGACAUCAGUCCCAGUGAUGUUGUUUUCUAUGUUGGAGGCUACCCCAACGACUUCACUCCGCCACCUCCUCUCAACUUCCCCAAGUACAAGGGCUGCAUUGAGUUCUCCUCUUUUAACGACAAAGUCGUCAGUCUCUACAAUUUCCAAAAGGCAGUGGGGAUCAAUUUGGAGACUGCAUGCAAGAGAUAUGUACCGCCAGAGGAUUCUGACUACUAUGAAGGCACUGGUUAUGGAAAAGUGAACAUAGACAGACCAAAUGCCUUCCUCGUCAUCAGUAUGAAUCUGCUCACUCAUUCAGAAAACGGUCUGCUCUUAUACGUAGGAAGUGAGGACAAUUACUUUACCUUGGAGAUGGAGAAGGGCUUCUUUGUCAUACGUAGUAAUUUGCUGCCAGCACCAAUUAAAGCGAAAGAGAAAUCAUUCCCGACACAGGACUGGACAGAAUUCCGCAUCAUUAGUACAAAUAAAGGAGAAAUUAAAAUCCAGUCUGGCAAUGUAGAGAGAGUCCAAGCCCAAGUCACAUUUGACAACAGCAAAAUAAAAGAAUUCUACGUUGGUGGUGCCCCACAAGACUUGAGGGAAAGACAUAACAUCACCAUACAGCCAUACAGAGGAUGCUUGAGGAACCUGAAGCUGAGGUCGAACUUUCAACCUGUUGACGAGCAAGUGGGCAUCAGCAAAGGUUGUCCCAAGGACUCCUUGGUUUCCCGUAAAGCAGAGUUCAGCCUGGCGAGCUCUCUGUUAGCUGACCUUUCAGACUUUAGUCUGGCCAAUGACGUUACUGUGUCCCUCGGAUUCAAGAGCACAGAGAAUCAGGGUCUCAUUCUGCGAAACAAAGAUCAGGCUAAUGGGAUUAAUCUUGCGUUGGAAAACGGCCACGUGAUUCUCAGUUUCAACAACAAACUCUGGAAGUCAAACAAGAAAUAUAACGAUGGCCAGUGGCAUUAUUUGACUGCAAUGAGAAAAAGUGGAAGGACUGAGCUGCUCAUUGAUGAUGAAGUCAGCGGUCAGGAGCAGAGUGGCACUGCUUCCAUACCUAACACAGGUGGCUCCACAGUCCUUGGAAAGGACACGUUCAAAGGCUGCGUUUCCAACCUCUACACAAGACGGCCAUCCCACUUAUACAAGGCCGAGGACCUCAGCAAGUUUAAGGCUUCUGGAGAUGUCUUGCUGGAUGUGUGUACUGCUGACAGUCUUCCUCAACUGAUGCUUGACCGCGCCUCUAAGAAGGAUGUUGUGAUGCAGCCCAUAAACGAGAGUCCAUCAGCAUGUGCAUUACCCACCCUGGUUCAAAAUGCCUAUCGAAUGGGCGGCCCUGUCAGCAGCCUCACCUACAGCCUUCCCCUACAGGUCCUGCAGCCCAGGCCUCACUUUUCUCUGGAUGUGAGGACUCGAGGACCUGAGGGCCUGCUGUUCUUUGCUGCUACCAGAGGAGGGCGCUCUCAUCUCGCCUUGUACAUAUCCAAAGGCAGGAUCAGACUGUCUGUAGGCAAACAGAAGGAGAUCUUCAACAGGGAGAAGUACAAUGAUGGGAAGUGGCACACGGUCAUAUUCAGUUUGGAGAGGAAGAAAUUUCGAUUGGUUGUGGAUGGGAUCAGAGCCCAGGAUGGUCAGCUGACAAAUGCCGAGUUGACGUCCAUGCAGCAGUUUGUGUCACCUGUGUACCUGGGCAGCGCCCCAGAGUCCCUUCACAAAGAGCUGAAGUUGAAGGCCCUUCCAAAGCAGAGCGUCUCCGGCUGUAUCCGCAAUUUUAAAAUGAACGGAGCACCGAUGUUAAAUCCAACCUCAAACCACGGUGCUGGCCCCUGCUUCGAGGGACAGACACAGAGAGGGGCCUAUUUCUCAGGGAAUGGAGCACAUGUCAUGAUCAAUGACUCCUUUGUCGUGGGCUCCAGCUUUGAGCUGCUGUUUAAUAUUCGUCCGCGGAGUCUGAACGGACUCCUGCUACAUGUCGGUGAUUCCAGCAGGAACCAAUAUCUCACUGUCUACAUGCUCAGAGGAGAGGUGGUGGCACAAGCCGACAAUGGCAAAGGAAAAUUCAUGGUGUCGGUGAAGCCGAAAGCUUCUUUAUGUGAUGGGAUGUUUCAUAAAAUUUCAGUGAUCAAGAGGAAAAAUGUUGUGCAGCUGCACGUGGACACAGUGGACAAUUACAAGAUUGGACCACCAUCUUCCACCACAACUUUGACCAAAAACUCCUUGUAUGUGGGCGGCAUUCCUGAGAUGUUGAGGCAUCAGAUGCUCCCUGUCACAUCAUCCUUUGUGGGAUGCAUCCAGGACAUGAAGAUCAACGGCGACCCUGUCUCUUUGGAAAGGCUGUCCGGUGCAUUCGGUCCGGUCAACGUCAAAGAGUGUCCAGGCUGAACGUCUCACUGCGUCAUCAUGAAACAAACCUUGGGACCACGUCCGCUGCCACCCAUGUGCAAUCUGUUGCCAAGACAGAGAAUGUGUUAGUGUGUAAAAAUGUAUAUAUCAUGAGGAGUGUGUUUCAGUGUGAGCGAGUGUGUGUGAGUGUGUGUGUGUGUGGGAAGGUCUGUGUGUAAAAUAGAGAUAUGAACAGCAGCUUACAGGUUCAUAAUAUUUGCUGCUUGGUUAAACAUUUCUGUAUUUAUUAUGUGAUAAAAUCGUGCAUACCAGCUCACAUGCUCUAACAGUUGUUUUACAGUCUGACGUGUCGCUCCAUUUAUUUUCUGUCGACAAUCAAAUGCUACUGAAUAUGCUUGUGAUCAGUCGGGCUGCAGUAGGAGCAUCCCAGCACUUUACGAAAACAAAUGAUGCCUUUUGUGAUGGUGCUUUUAUGAUGAUCUUUAUUUUUUUGUUUGUUUGUUGGAAAGUUUAUACCAGAAUAAUUACGUUUACACCCACGGUGCUCAGUUUAGUGACAUUUCAGGGGCUGCCUCGCUGUUUUAUAUUCAUAUCCACAUGCCAGCAUGGCUUAAUAGACACUGAGUCUUCACACAGGCCAUGAAAUCAUUUUGUUCCUACACUGUAUUACUGUUGCUCUGAAUUCAUUUUCCAUUUUGCAUUCCUUUUUUCAUGCAUGAGGGCUUUCUGUGUGGCUGUCACACAAGAAAACAGCAUGAACUGAAGUUUGUGGAGCAUCGAGGUGCAGUUAGCUUCUAAUAAGUCUCACAAGUCAUGUUUGGGACCAUGUAGCCCAUAUUAUAAAGUGAUAUAACAAAAAACAACAUGUAUCUGAUGUGUUUAAGACUCCCCUGCAAAUGUUUACUUACCUGCUUUGUACAUAAUGUGAUAUGAGAAACAAUAUGCAUGAUGAUUGGACAUGAUGGUUUGUACAUGCAUUCCUGUCUUGUGACCACUGAUUUGUAAGCCAUUUUGUAAUUAAUGUUCUUUAUAAAUACUCCUCAGUGCCAUAA